AUGUUCCUUCAGAACUGCAUGGACAAACACCAGGUGGUUGGUGUUCUCCGUCAGAUGGAGAAGUUUCUGAAGGGACAGGAGAUGAGGUUCACAGAGGGACUACGCAUCAUGAAGUCCAAACUGGCAACCCUACAGAACUCUGUGUCCAAGCUACCGCAGGCCGAUCAGUCGGCUGCUCCGUCCGUUUGCCCCUCCCUGGAAGCCCCUGUCCACGGGAGGAAGUUUGGCUCCAAGUAUUUCAUCGGUCAUGAGGUCCAUUUCACCUGUUCCCAUGGUUACCACCUGGUGGGCCCCGAGACACGUGUGUGUCAGGAGAACGGGAGUUGGAGCGGUGUCAACACCAUCUGUAAAGAUGUGAGUGAGUGCUCCAGUAACCCAUGCCAGAACGGAGGGACCUGUGUAGAGGGAGUAAACCAGUACAGGUGCACCUGUUCACAGAGCUGGAAUGGAUCCAACUGUCAGCACCAGACACAGACAGCUCCGCCAGAGUGGAGCGUCAUGAACGACCCGGCGUUCAGCAGACGUCCCCGCUGUGCCAAAGUGGACCGCGCCCAACACUGCAGCUGCGAUGCUGGCUUUCACAUGAGUGGGACAUCUGACAACAGUAUCUGCCAGGAUGUAAAUGAGUGUGAGGUGUACCGGCUGGACCAGGGGGGCAAGCUGUGUGUGUACGAGUGUGUCAACAUACCAGGCUCCUACCACUGCUCCUGCCCCAGCCACUAUAAGCUGCUGCCUGAUGGUAGGAGCUGUGAGGAUGUGGAUGAGUGUCUGACCCAGCAGCACAACUGCAGUAGAGGAACAACAUGUAUCAACACAGGAGGAGGGUUCCAGUGUGUGAGCACGGAGUGUCCCCGAUCACACGGCAACAUCAGCUACGUCAAGACGUCUCCCUUUCAGUGUGAGAGAAACCCCUGCCCUAUGGAGAGUCGUUCCUGUCACCUGGCUCCUAAGACGGUCUCCUUCCACUACCUCUCCCUCCCCUCCAACCUCCAGACCCCGGCUACCCUGUUCCGCAUGGCGACCGCAGCCGCCCCCGGCCGCCCCGGCCCCGAUAGCCUGCGAUUCGGCAUUGUCGGGGGCAACAGCCGCGGGAUGUUCGUGAUGCAAAGGUCGGACCGCCAGACGGGCGAAUUAAUCCUAGUUCAGAGGUUAAGAGGACCACAGGAUAUCAGCGUUGAUGUGGACAUGUCUGAGUAUAGUGAUCGCACCUUCCAGGCUAAGCAUGUAGCGAAGGUGCAUGUUCUGGUAUCAGCGUAUAACUUCUGA